UUGGCUACCCAGUGACCAGUUGGUGUUUGACAAGAGCGAAACGUGCAUCCCAGACUAGCAGUUUCAAUAAGCAGAAUUAUAAUUGAACAUGCUUCAAGUUUUAAAAAUUCUGAUUUUUGUGAUUCUUCUAAGUGGCAGAAGCACUCUCCAACAGAGCUCGACGCAGUGUGGAGUUAAGAAGCCCGUUAGGAACUAUAUGAUUUUCGGCGGAAGUGAUACAAAACCCGGUGAUUGGCCAUGGCAUACUGCCCUAUUCUGCAAGAAAGGUCAAUCCAUGACAUACUGUUGCGGUGGAACACUUAUUAGCCCUCAAUUCGUGUUAACGGCGGCACACUGUAUCAUCAAUCCUGCAACUGGUUAUGAAUUUCUGCCGGAACUGAUUGCUGUUCGACUCGGUAUAUACGAUUUGAACGAUUUGAGCACCCAGCAGAAGUGUGACAUCCUGAGGAUUUAUACACCAGGUGAAUUCACAAGUCAAGGCACGAAAAACGAUAUUGCUAUACUUGAAUUGAAAAAAUUAGCCCAACUCAACAACUACGUUCAACCGGCUUGCCUGGGAAUAUAUUCCAGCCUCACUGGACACUACGGAACUGUAGUCGGCUGGGGAAUGACAAAAGGUUACAAGUUGUCGUCUAAACUGAAAAGUGCCAGAAUGCCUGUUGUUAAACCCAGCACUUGCAUCUCGAGCAAUCGGGACGCUUUUGGGCAAAAUCUGGAUGAGACAAUGCUGUGCGCUGGCUAUACCAAUGGAACUAGCGUCUGCAAUGGAGAUAGUGGUGGUGGCCUUUUCUUCCAAAUUGGCAGUGCCUGGUACUUGGGUGGAAUAGUAUCGUUUGCUCCGAAAAGCGACGAUGGUAUGAAUCGCUGCCGAGCAGAUAGCUAUGCUGCGUUCACCAGUGUGGUUGCGUAUUUGACGUGGAUUUUGGAGAAAACCAAAUUAACUCUAACGUCUCCCCAGCCGACCCAGUCCCCUUCAACCGUCACCAACUUCAGUGGUGACUGUGGCCCUGGAUGCCGGGAUUUCAACUGCCACAUCGACAAGCGCUGUGCCAGCAAUGUUGUGCACAGAACGGCCGUUCAUUAUGCCCAUCGCGAUUGUAGGAAGUAUUACACCUGCAAGGAGCGGACGAACAUCAUCUGCGAACUGGACUGUCCAGCGGGACUGCACUUCAAUCGGAAUCGACAAGUCUGCGAUUGGCCGUGGUCGGCGGGAUGUGAUUCCUCGUAGAGUCGAAAAAAUAGAUGACUGAAUAAAAAUAGUAGAAAUUAAAAA